AGUCUAAGGAUAGGUCAUGGAUCUAUUAAAAUAACAAUAACAUAGGUCUCACUGUCAUUGGUAGAUCUGUAUCCACGACUUUUACGUAUCCUGUAGGAAGCGGAAGAUGUCACGCUCUCAUUUUUCCUUCUGUCGUAAACUAACGGAGGCUCACCAUCAUUUGGGAACAUCUGCAUCUUCGCCGAUUGGAAUAAACACAGAUCGCCUGGGGAAGAAAGUCGCAAUGACAGACAUGAAAAAUACUGCACGGUGCACCUCCCAUUAUUGAGCUCCCAGCUGGUGUCGCUGCUGCCAUGGAGGUGGGCAGCCUCCCUGUGGAGCUCUGGAGGCUUAUUUUGGCCUAUCUUCCACUCCCAGACCUGGGGCGCUGCUGCCAGGUGUGCCGAGCCUGGCGAGAGCUUGUGCUGUCCUUGGAUAACACCCGCUGGAGACAACUGUGCCUGGACUGCUCAGAGUGCAGACAUCCCAACUGGCCCAGUCAGCCUCAUGUAGAGCCACCGUCCUGGAGAGAGGCUCUAAAACAGCACUCUUUGGCCACCCGUACAUGGACUCAAAAUGGACCAGAGCUCCAAUCAUCUGCCUGUUUGGUCUUUUUUCGUCGCCGGAAAGACCGCAGGAUUUGGCAUGUUGGACCAGGAUGUGAAUUUGAGACCUUACGUGGUGCUCUUGGUGUAGCUGGUCCAUAUGAUCGUGUUGUUCUCCAUCCAGGAGUGUACGAGGAGCAGGCUGAACUGGCUAUAAAAGUGCCUGUGGAGUUGAUAGGACUGGGAACUCUAGGUGAGGUGGCCCUCUUAGUUUGUAUAGAGCAACAAUGCCCUACUGCCCGGCUAUGUAAUUUGGUCUUCAUGCCACCAUGGUUUUCAACAGUGGUCUAUAAGACAUCAUGGGGACACGUUCAACUAGAUAACUGUAAUUUUGAAGGAGCUCAGUUACAAAUUCGUGGACCUGGAACUUGCCAGGCUCGAUUCUGCUCCUUCUCACAGAGCAGUUCUGCCCAUUUAAUUGGUGUUGCACUUAGUUUACUGGACAGCUGUGAUUUCUCAGGCAGUGAUAUAGCCUCGGUAACAGUUGAAGGCCCCCCUACAUCAGAAAGGAACUGGGCUUGCAAGUACUUGGCUGCCCUGACAAGGACAUUUCCGACUUGUUUUGCAUCAGAGAAUAGUGGCAAUCUUAAACCUAAUUCCGUAUCCUCUGUUGGGCCCCAUCCCACAGGAUGCAAUAAUAAGAACUCUAUAAGCAUAGAAGAAUGGCAGAAGAAGGUUGUGUUAGAAGCUGUUUGCCACAGCACAGUCAUUGAAGAUGGAUGGAGUGAUGGUGAGCAUAGUGAGGCAGAAGAUGACAAUCUAGACAGUGAAAAGGGAAAUAAAAGCAUAUCUUUUACUUUGGAUUACAAAAUCCCAUGUGACCAUCACGGCCUAUCCCAUCUACUGAAGCCCCGGACUGAUGGCUCCCUUCCACUGGCUUCUUGUCCUGAUCCACCAUCUGAAACACCAGAGCCUCUCACUUUUCAGCAAGAACUAGAGCGAGAUCCAGAGGCUAACAUGCUGGCAGCCUCCACUCUAGGAUGCAUCCUCAGACGGUGCCUCUUUAGAGAUGGAAAAGGAGGAGUCCAUGUGUCUAAUUAUGGACAAGCUCGGCUGGAAGGCAAUGUUUUUCGUGGGCUAAAUUAUGCUGUUCGAUGUAUUCAAAAUUCCACAAUUGUAAUGCUGAGGAAUGAAGUGUGCGAGUGCCGGGCCUCUGGUGUGUUUUUGCGCCUCUCAGCUCAGGGUCUUAUUGCAGAAAAUAACAUCCACUCAAAUGGGGAAGCAGGACUAGACAUUAGAAAAGGGGCAAACCCUAUCAUUGUGUGUAACCGAAUACAUAGUGGUUUGCGUUCUGGUGUUGUGGUACUUGGAAAUGGAAAGGGAUCCAUACGGAGCAACCUGAUUUAUAACAACAAAGAGGCUGGUGUAUACAUACUCUUUAGUGGGAACCCUGUGGUUAGUGGGAAUCACAUUUUUCAGGGCCAGGCAGCAGGGAUUGCCAUUAAUGAGAAUGGAAGAGGAUUGAUAACAGAUAAUGUGAUCAGAGAGAACCAGUGGGGGGGUGUGGACAUCCGAAGAGGAGGAGACCCGAUUUUGAGGAAUAACUAUAUUUGUCAUGGUUAUUCAGAUGGCGUGGUGGUGGGAGAAAGAGGUCGUGGCCUUGUUGAGGGAAAUCAUGUUUACUGUAAUAAAGGGUGUGGUGUGUGGGUUAUGUCAUCCAGCCUCCCACAACUCUUAGGAAACUUCAUCACCCAUAAUUGCAUGUAUGGGCUGGCAGUAUUUUGUAGGAAGGAUCCAGAGAACAUUGAAGUGAGAGAGGGAAACUGGCCAGGACAAGAUGGCAUGGGAGAUGGAGGAGCUAAUGGGGAGAGAAGAGGAGUAGAGGCAGAAGGACGAGAUGGUCAGGAGAACCUUAAUGAGGAGGGGGAGCUGUUUGCAUGGGAGAGUGAUCUGGACAGCGAGGAUGAGCGCCAUUCUGCCCGGCGCUCCAUCAGUGUGGCAUUAGUGGAGGGUAACUGCAUGAGCUACAAUGGAGCUGUUGGACUUUAUGUGAAGAGCAGUGAACCACUCAAUGCAUUUAGCAACCUUGUGAACUGUAACCGUGGAACCGGCAUUGCUGUCCAGCAGAGCAGUCAGUUAACUCGACUUGUUGCGAACUGCGUUUUGGAAAAUGGCCGAGGUGGUGUUGCAGUGGAGAAGGACAGUCGAGUGGAACUUCGAGGAAAUGGCAUUUAUGAAAAUGGAGGUCAUGGACUUAUUUUUUGUGGCAACGGACAGAUAGUGGAGAAUGACAUGCUUGGAAAUUGUGGAUAUGGGAUUCAAGUGUCUGGAAAUGCCGAUAUUAAGGUUUUGCGCAAUCGUGUUCAACCAGCACAGGGCUGUGGAAUCGCUGUACUAGGCGCUGUAAGAGGUGUUGUUCACGACAACGUCAUAUUCCAGGGAUAUCCUGGAAACAAAAAAACUCUGCUGUAUGUGGAUCCAGGCAAUGAGAGCUGUGUCUUACGCAACAACAGUAUUAUCAAGCAUAAUAAUGACAAUACAUUUGCUUCUGCUUGGAUUCUGGAAAAUCCUCCUCCUCGUCCACAAGCCAGCUCUCCUUCUGGCCUUUCCUCAUCUCAGUAUCCUUCACGACUUGGAAUUUCAAUGACAAACAGGAUAAGUGCCACUGUAGAGAAUGGAUGCCACAGUGGUAGCAUGUUUUGCACUAUCCUCUGAUUUCUGGAGAGCAUUAAUGAGUGAUAAUAAUUUUGUUUUUUAUCUAUGUCAGACAAAUAAGAGGUUAUGUAUUAUUUGCAUGUUUUAGCGUCCAGAACUGUCACAUGACAACUUGAGUGACUGCUCUGGCUGAUCACACCCGUUGUUGGAGAAGUGAGUUUUAUGUGUGAGAUAAUAGAAAAGCUAUGUUGAUUCAAAGUGGAAGGCUCUUGUUUACUGAUCUAUACUGAUCCAGAGUUUGUAUUUGGAUCCAUGUUUGAUUAUUCGUAAAUGUCCCAGUCCAAUGAAAUUAUGAAAAAAAGACAAUGGCAUUUGGGUUCUUUGUUAGGACCGAAUGAACAUUUUCCUUCAUGUUUUUUCUUCAGACUGAAAGUCUCACGGACUUUCUUCAGUCUGAUAAACAGUACCUUAGGCUGACUAGCAUGGAAAAAAUAGCAGAUAAACACUCAUCAAACCAGUCAUGUGACACUUCUGAUAAAGUGACCUUCAAAACAUAAAGGUAAUACAUCACCUCAUUAUUUGUAUGAUACAACACAACUAUUUAACAAAGAAAAAUAUUUCUUAUCCAAUUAUUGAUCAUGACAAUACAAUCUCCAUUUUUGAUAACUGCUGUACACUGGGCCGGUGGAUAACUUUGUGAUCCUCAACCCGAUAAAACCAAGAAUAUUGCUAAAUGUAGGAUUGUAUCUUUUUGUAAUGAUGUAAUUGCCAACUAUAUUUAAAAACUACAUUAUAAUCAGCUUUAACUUUUAAAUGUUGAAUGCAGUUUAUCUUAAGUAGUUGUUUCAUCUGUGCACUUUCAUGUCCCCCUGCUAAGGAACUGCACAAAUUGGUAUAGCCACGCAGGAGUUGUGUUCAACUAUGACACCAUUAAUCUGUGCCUUGUAAUCAGUGACCAGGAAUAUUUAUAGUGAGUCUGUUAUGCAAAGAAAAUGCCAAAAUUUGGCUUGUACCAUUCCAAUGUCUCAAUAUUUAUAUUGUGUUAACUUUUAUUUAUUAUAAACCAUUACAUUUUUCAUAAAUUAGCAUCCCUUUUCGUAGAGCACAACAGCCUCCACAGACAUGACUUGUGAGAGCCAGUUGAAAACUUUGUGUGCAAUAUGUGAUGUCUUAUGUGCCUAGAUAUACCUUUUAUUCAAGGUAGAUAUUUUCUAAUAAAAAGCUUGACAGAUGACAACACUUUUUGUAACUUGAACAUUUGCAACAUUUUAUUUGUUUCUAUUAAUAAACAUUUGUGGUUUAA